AUGGCAGACAGCACAGAAGUCACCAGAAGCUGGGCGUCGCCCCUGGCCACAUUGGCACUUUCUAUACCAAUAUUGAUUUUGGUCUCUCGCAGAACCGGAACAAAGUGGCAGAAUUUCCCCCCGUUUUUCCUGCUGACUCUGCUAAGCGGAGCGUGGUUCAUGAUAGUUUCUGAGACAGUAUCAGAGCCAUACUUGGAUGAAAUAUUCCACAUACCACAAGCUCAAAGGUACUGUGAGGGCAAGUUUCUCGAGUGGGAUGACAAAAUCACAACUCCACCAGGGCUGUACCUAUUUUCAAUUCUUCUCCAAAAGACAGCCGCGACUGUGAAGCUUCCAUGGGUGUUUAGCUGUGAUACUAGUAGUUUACGCAUCACAAACGUUCUUGGCUUGAUCGUUCUCGCCUCCUUGACCCUGUUGUGCCGACAUGAAAUUGAAUCGCGACUAUACGAGGCACAUUCGUCGGUGCGCCUCAAAGCCAUCUCCAAAUACGCCGUGCACACGGCUUUCAACAUUGCGCUAUUUCCACUGCUGUUUUUCUUUUCAGGACUGUACUAUACCGACGUUAUUUCGACGGCUGUGGUGGUUGGUGGCUAUUUGAACCACCUCAAGCGCGUUGGGCGAGAUCGAAGCUCCUUUGUGAGUGACUUGAUUACAGUUUUGCUGGGUACUUUGUCUCUGUUCAUGAGGCAGACAAAUGUCUUCUGGAUAGUGGUGUGGAUGGGGGGUCUGGAGGCUGUUCAUGCGCUCAAGACACUGCGGCCGCAACACGCAGAGCAGCCUUUCAUGACGACAUUGACAGACCAGGUCAAGUUUUAUGCUUGGAGAUACUCUGUGGGCGAUGUUCAUGAUCCGCCUCUGAAUCUGGCUUGGCCAGAUGAUAUGCUUUUCACAGCGAUUAGUCUUGGCAUCGCAGCUCUCUGCAAUCCCAUUCGAGUCAUUCGCCAAAUAUGGCCAUAUUUAUCCGUCCUCGCCGCUUUUGCUAGCUUUGUGGCAUGGAAUGGCGGCGUUGUCCUAGGUGAUAAGUCGAAUCAUGUUGCCACCAUUCACCUGGCCCAGCUACUUUAUAUCUGGCCCUUUUUUGCCUUCUUUUCUCUCCCCCUUCUCUUGCCGCAUGUAAUUCCUAUUCUUGACAUUGCAGGAAAUGUGUCUCGUUCACUUUCACAAAGUGGCCAAAGGGCGGGGUCGUCACAGCCCUCAAAGACAUCUAGGUCCUUUGAAUCUUCGCGUUCUGUCAAAUCGAAGCGACCAGAGGGUUCCAAGGCGAGGGACACUCGAAGCACCGUCUCUCAAGUCGCUCUCGAAACGCCAAGCCUUGGCUCGCCAUCUCCUGCCUUAAGGACCGCGGAUUUCAUUUUCAACUCCAAAUUUAUUCCUUGGAUAAUUUAUACUCUACUUACAUUUGUAGUAUCCACAGCAAUUGUUAAAUUCAACACCAUUAUUCAUCCAUUCACACUCGCCGACAACCGACACUACAUGUUCUACAUUUUUCGAUACACUAUCCGCCGGGGCAGCCUCAUCAGAUUCAUGCUCAUCAUUCCGUAUACCAUCAGCAGAUGGAUGGUAUGGGGCACAUUGGCAGGUUGUGCUGACUGGAUCUCAUCGAGCAACCGUGAGCUGUGCUCUGCCCGGUACAACGUCAACGAGCCUGCUCCCUACACAAGCCAUCCUCUCUGGAUCGCAAGGGGAACAAAGAAGACACAAACAAACGUAGAAUAUCCCCAGGAUAUGAGCCUGGUGCCGAGUUCCUCGGCAUCAACGGACGGUGAACUUCGAGGUACCGUGGAGGAUGACCCGCUCCUGGUCUCGGCUGAGCCAACUUCAACUUCUACAGGCCUCAUAUUCCUGUUGGCAACCACACUCUCCCUAAUGACAGCACCACUUGUUGAGCCUCGCUACUUCAUUCUCCCGUGGGUGAUGUGGCGCCUGUUAGUACCGGCUUGGAGAGUCCAUGAUCACGCACAUAUAAACUCCCUAUUUGAGGGAGUAGCACCACGGUCAAUUGUUGGCAAAACCAAAGAGAUAUUUAAACGGUAUGACGUGCGACUUGUCCUCGAGACACUGUGGUUUGUGGCGAUAAACGUGGCCACAGGGUAUAUAUUCCUUAUGAAGCCGUAUGUAUGGAAAGAUGAACAAGGGCGGAAUCUCGAAGAUGGCCGACUACAGCGGUUCAUGUGGUAG